UGCUUUUGUUUUUUAGGUCUUGUUACACUUUAGUAGUUGUUUCUGGCUUUCAGUAGGUACCCAGCUUGUCUGUUUAAGAUAAUAAUGAAAGAUGUCCUACCACUUUUUAACAGUAAAGGUGAUAUAAAAAAUACUGAUUAAAGACACCUUUUUUGUGGUUUUCAAAGGAUCGGGUAUCCUUAGAAUAUCUCAUUUCUUUGCAUGCUUUCAAGUACCAGUCUCUGUAUUUACUACAGCUUGUUCCAUUGCUGCUGCUCAGCCUGUUUCUCCUCCUCAUUCUUAGACAAACUGUUAACAGGUUUCUACACAGAGCAGCUAGAAGUGGCACCAGUGUCACUGAAACAGGCCAAUAGGAUGAAGUCUUGAUGAAUGUCCUGGAGAAUAAAUUAAACUUUGGAUUGGAAUCCAACAGUCUCUGUGUUUAUCAAAAUCUCUGGUUUUGAUUUCAGGAUACGGCAGAGAGAAGGGGCUGACAGUCUUACCACAGAUUUGCUGGUACAGUGGUCCAUGCUGGUAGACUGUACUGUUAAGCCAAGGCCUUGAACUAGUUCUUGUUUCAUCCUAAUGAACCAGACCUUCCUACAGGGAAGGAGCCUAUAUGCAUUAGAAAGAGGUCAUUCCAUGGUGUUUGCAUUUGAUAUUCUCUCAGCAAGUCUGCUAAGAAGUGAAUUUGCCAUAGAGACUGGUCUCCUGGGCUCUUCCAGUGAGCCAUGGAUGAAAGUGAAGAUGUGCCAAAAGAUUUUAUCAAGCUCAAGUCUGAGAAACUGUCUGUAGAUGAAGUGUCAGAGCUGGUCAUUUCACCAAACUGUGGGGCAGUGUCUCUGUUCAUUGGUACUACAAGGAAUAAUUUUGAAGGGAAAAAAGUGAUUCACUUAGAGUAUGAAGCAUAUACAUCAAUGGCAGAGAUGGAAAUAAAGAAAAUCUGCAGAGAUGUUAGACAGAGAUGGCCAUCAGUCAAACAUAUUGCAAUGCACCAUAGACUUGGAGUGGUUCCAGUGACUGAAGCAAGUGUAAUUAUUGCAGUGUCGUCUCCACACAGAGCAGAAUCCCUUGAGGCUGUAACGUACUGCAUCAACACCUUAAAAGCAUUUGUCCCAAUAUGGAAAAAGAUCUCUUUAAGUAACCUCAUCUUAGAUGGGUCCUUCUAAAUUUAAUAGGUUCAGCCUAAGGUUCAACAUCUGCCCGCAAAGUCAGUGAGAUUUAUGAGGACGAAUAUUCUUGGAAAGAAAACAAGGAAUGCUUUUGGGCAAAUUCAGAAAAAUGACUUUACUCUUUUUAUAAAUAAAGUGUUACUGCUCCUGAUGAACA